UACAAAGUCUAUCAAAAACAGAACAAUGAAGCUCUCUAUCUUUUUCUUAGUAACUGCAGUAGCAGUGCUGUUGCUUGCGAUAAUUGCAGUAUCAGAAGGAACUAGAUCUAGAUCUAGUAGCAGUUCUGGAACUAGAUCUAGUAGCAGUUCUGGAGCUAGACAUUGCAAGAGACCGAGCUACUUUAGAAAUGGCCGAUUCUACUUUUCGAGAGCUCUUGCAAGACGAACGCAUUAUAAAAUUGGAUCAGUUCUAGAAAUGAGAUGCAACACUGGAUACAAACUGAUUGGAUCAAAGUAUCUAAGAUGUGUUCGUGGGAGGAGUGGGAGUGUUGGAUGGUCAGGCAGACUAGCCAUCUGCAAGCCAAAUGAUAGCAGAAAGAAGUGUCCAUCCCUUCAAGCUCCAUCUAAUGGCUAUGUCAGCAUUAAAGGAAGGCAAGCAUUCUAUGGUUGUAAAAAUGGUGCCAGUCUUCAAGGAAACAGGAUAAGAACAUGCCAAAGUAAUGGGCAAUGGGCAGGCUCAAAACCAUGGUGCAAAUCCAAAAUUAUCAACUGUGGUGAUCCUGGUACACCAAGAAAUGGGUUCAGAAAACUAAGCAGGACAACACUAGGGUCAAUUGUAGUAUACUCUUGUAAAAGUGGGUUCUAUCUUUCUGGAAAUAGCAAGAGAAAAUGUCAAUCAAAUAAGCAAUGGUCAGGAAAACUACCAAUAUGCAAAGCUAAAGUUAUCAACUGUGGUGAUCCUGGUACACCAAGAAAUGGGUUCAGAAAGUUAAGCAGGACAACACUAGGGUCAAUUGUAGCAUACUUUUGUAAAAGUGGGUUCUAUCUUUCCGGAGAUAGCAAGAGAAAAUGCUUAUCAAAUAGGCAAUGGUCAGGAAAACUACCAAUAUGCAAAGCUAAAGUUAUCAACUGUGGUGAUCCUGGUACACCAAGAAAUGGGUUCAGAAAACUAAGCAGGACAACACUAGGGUCAAUUGUAGCAUACUCCUGUAAAAGUGGGUUCUAUCUUUCUGGAGAUAGCAAGAGAAAAUGCUUAUCAAACAGGCAAUGGUCAGGAAAACUACCAAUAUGUAAAGCUAAAGUUAUCAACUGUGGUGAUCCUGGUACACCAAGAAAUGGGUUCAGAAAGUUAAGCAGGACAACACUAGGGUCAAUUGUAGCAUACUCGUGUAAAAGUGGGUUCUAUCUUUCUGGAAAUAGCAAGAGAAAAUGCUUAUCAAACAGGCAAUGGUCAGGAAAACUACCAAUAUGCAAAGCUAAAGUUAUCAACUGUGGUGAUCCUGGUACACCAAGAAAUGGGUUCAGAAAGUUAAGCAGGACAACACUAGGGUCAAUUGUAGCAUACUCAUGUAAAAGUGGGUUCUAUCUUUCCGGAGAUAGCAAGAGAAAAUGCUUAUCAAAUAGGCAAUGGUCAGGAAAACUACCAAUAUGUAAAGCACUUUGCCCAAAAUUAUCAGCACCAUCUAAUGGAAAAGUGCAAGUUGAAGGAGUCAAGAAAGGAUCCAGUGCUAGAUACAGCUGCAAUGAUGGAUACAAACUAAGAGGAGACACUACUAGAAUAUGUCAGGAAGGCGGACAGUGGUCUGGACAAAAGCCAACCUGUCAAGCUGUGACAUGUCAGCGUCUUGGUGCUCCAAGGAAUGGAGGAGUUCGCUUUGACUCUCUCACCAAAGGCUCAAUAGCUACAUAUAUUUGUAAAAAUGGCUUUAAACUGGUUGGAAAUAAGAAGAGGCAAUGUUUAAAAACUGGGCAGUGGUCUGGAAUGGAACCAAUCUGCAAACCAAUUGAUUGUGGUGACCCUGGUACACCUGAAAAUGGUAAUAGAGAGUUUGAAAUGACAACAGUAGGCUCCAUCGUGACAUACAGUUGUAGAAAAGGAUACUAUCUUAUUGGAGAUAGGAGGGAAUGCUUAGCUAACGGACAAUGGUCUGGAAAACUACCAAUAUGCAAAGCACUUUGCCCAAGAUUAUCAGCACCAUCUAAUGGAAAAGUGCAAGUUGAAGGAGUCAAGACAGGAUCCAGUGCUAGAUACAGCUGCAAUGAUGGAUACAAACUAAGAGGAGACACUACUAGAAUAUGUCAGGAAGGCGGACAAUGGUCUGGACAAGAACCAACCUGUCAAGCUGUGACGUGUCAGCGUCUUGGUGCUCCAAGAAAUGGAGGAGUUCGCUUUGAUUCCCUCAGCAAAGGCUCAAUAGCCAUAUACACUUGCACAAAUGGUUUUGAAUUGGCUGGAGAUCAAAGCAGGGAAUGUUUAAAAACUGGGCAGUGGUCUGGAAGGGAACCAACCUGCAAUCCAAUCGAUUGUGGUGACCCUGGUACACCUGAGAAUGGUGAUAGAGAGCUUGACAAAACAACUCUAGGCUCCAUCGUGAGAUACAGUUGUAGAAAAGGAUACUAUCUUGCAGGAAACAGUGAGAGAGAGUGUUUAGCUAAUAGACAAUGGUCUGGAAAACUACCAACAUGCAAAGCUUUCUGUCAAGAAUUAUCAGCACCUUCCAAUGGCAAUGUGCAAAUUGAAGGAAUAAAGCCAGGCUCAAGUGCUACAUACAGCUGCAUUGAGGGAUAUAAACUGGAUGGGAAUGAGAUUAGAAUAUGCCAAGAAGGUGGAGAAUGGUCAGGAAAUGAGCCAAUCUGCCAAGCAGUAACUUGUCAGAGUCUUUCUGAGCCUAAAAAUGGAGGAGUUCAAUUUACAUCUCUAGUCAAAGGCUCUAUAGCGACAUAUUCUUGUUUUGAUGGCUUCAAAUUGAUUGGUAAGGUAAACAGACAGUGCUUGGCAACUGGUCAGUGGUCUGGAGAGGAACCAACUUGUUACCCAAUUGAUUGCGGUAGUCUGUCUCCACCAGUUAAUGGUGCAGUGGAUAUGGAUGGAACUACAGCAGGAUCAAUAGCUACUUAUUCUUGUCAGUCUGGUUAUGAGCUGGCUGGUGUUGAAACCAGAGAAUGUCUCAAUAGUGGAAAGUGGUCUGAAGAAGCUCCAACUUGUGAAGCUGUUGAUUGUGGAGGUCUAGAUGCUCCAAAAAGUGGAGCUGUUGAACUCAGCGGGACUGUUCUAGGGUCAAAAGCAACCUAUUCAUGCUUCUUUAGCUAUAAAUUGGUUGGAGUAGAAAGCAGAGAGUGCCUGCCAAGUGGACAAUGGUCAGAAGAGCCACCAACUUGCGAAUCUAUCAAGUGCAAGGAGCUCACCAAUCCAGAGAAUGGUAAAGUCAAAUUCGUUUCAACACUCCUUUCCUCGAUAGCAACAUAUUCCUGUAAUGAUGGAUUCAUUUUGAGUGGAAAAAGCAGGAGAGAGUGUCAGAUCAAUGGAGAAUGGUCAGGAACUGAGCCAAGUUGCAUCGAAAUUCAGUGCCCUGUACUGAAAAACCCCAAGCAUGGCAAAGUGAUUAUAACAACAAGAAGCAUUGGCUCAAAAGCUUACUAUACCUGUCAGAAUGGAUUUAGACUCUCAGGAGAUGGAAGCAGGACAUGCCAGGAGAGUGGAGAAUGGUCAGGGAAUGAACCAGUGUGUGUUCCCAUUAAGAAUACCGACUGCAAGGCACUACCACAUCCAGAGAAUGGUCUUGUUAUAGCAAAGGGUCUAACAGUUGGUUCCAGGGUCUAUUACUCGUGUGACUAUGGAUACAACCUGACCAAAGGCUCUGAAGUCCGUAUCUGUCAAGAGAACCUCCAGUGGAGUGGCACUGCCGGAAUAUGUGAAGCUGUUCGCUGUCGAGUCCUGUCUUCUCCAGCCAAUGGAAAGGUUUCCUUUAUAUCUCAUCAUUUUCUAAGCGAAGCUACAUACAGUUGCUAUGAUGGCUUUGAAUUGGUUGGUCCGCUCUUCAGGAGAUGUGAAGGCGAUGGGUAUUGGACGGGAGAAGAUCCAGUCUGUUCAAAACAACAAUUAAACAAAUAACAACAAUAACUAUUUAUUAUUAUUAUUAUUAUUACUUUUUCAGUUGUGCCUCUGUAUUUUAGUAUUCAACUAUUCCCCCGAUUUUUCUGAAUAAUAG